AUACAGAUGACAGUUAAUGACAUUUCAAAAAAAAACGAUGGAGAACUGAAGUUAAGUCUCUAAGCAAUAGUACCUCAAUAUUUAAUCUGUUUGAUUUGGAUUACAAAUCUAUUGAAUAUGGCCACCAAUAACGUUCCAUCUUGGGCAAGUGCUGAUCCGGAUACCUGUUCCAUAUGCUACAAUGAGAUUCCAAGUGAGAAUUGUCCCACAUACGGAGUUCUUACCGACUGCGAUCAUAUCUUCUGUUAUGACUGCAUCACAACUUGGAAAAAAUAUUGCAAAUUACCAAAAAAUCGUGUAAGAUGUCCCAUGUGCAGAAGGAUAUCAUCGUUUAUUGUGCGUUCGGAACAUUUCCCCAAGGACCAGACAUCGAAGUUAAUAUUCGUGUUAUUCGCAUGUUGGGAUACUAAGUUAUAAACAAUUUAAUUGUUACUUCACUUUAGUACUUUGAUGUUAAGGUUAAGAUUUUUGUACCUAAAUUUAUGUAAUUUAUUUUUCAUUCAUAUAUCAUGUCAUGCUGUCAUAAAAUAGGGCAAACAUUUUUGUCUCUCAGUUCGGGAUUAUACCUAAUAGGGUGCCACAUUCUCAAUUAUGAAUCUCUAGAAUGGGAAAUUUUUUUAAACAGCCUAGACUCAUCCACUAGUGCAACCUAUUAGUUUACUCCUGCAACUUUCCUAUUAUAAAUUGUUAUUUAUCUUCCAGUUCUCUAUUAUAUCCUAAUAGGGUGCCACAUUCUCACUUAAUUAUGUAUCACCAAAGUGGAAAACUUUUUUAAACAGCCCAGGCUCAUCCACUUGUGCAACCUGUUAGGACAUUUCUGUAAUUUAAAUAAAAAUAAAUUAACUCUCAGCUUUAACAGUUUUUAAUUGACACUUUAUAUACCUGUAUUUCUGUAUUUUUACCUACUCAUAACUAUGUAACUGUA